AUGGAGGCGCUGCGGACGGCGCGGAGGGCAUUCUCCGAUUCCUCGUCCGGAUAUUCCACAACAACAACUGUUGACGGGAUGAAAUGGACGAUUGGAGGAGGGAAAUGGGCUGAUAGACAUCCACUCGAAAUGGGUGAAAUGGACGACGAGGGGCCACAAUCGCUGCAGGGCAGCCCGUGGGGAACCGAGGCGAUGGAACGGGCCCGCGCCUGGGAUGCUGGCAGAGGAAUCUUGCGGAAUUCGGAGGAGGAGGAGGAUGUGGAUACGGUGGCUGACGAUAUCGCACCUAAAAUCGAGCGAAAAACGACGACUUUUGUGAAUUCGCGAUGGCGGGACAGGAUCCACCAAUUCGACCUGGAUACGGUGGAUGGGGCACCGGAUACGGAGCAGGAGGACAGAGUGAGCUUUUUCUAC